CCAGCAGCGACGUCAACACCAGCGCAGCCAUGCUGCUCCCACGGAUUCUCGCGCCCGUGCGCGCAUCGCUACAGACACCUUCGACGUUCAUACUCCCCGCUUCGCGUGUCAUCGACGCUCUCCGCACUGCCAAUGGCGCCUCCGCACACGUACCCACACUGUCUUUCGUCAGACAUUCAGCACAUCAGGCUCAGGGACGAGCCAACGGCGCCAAAGAUGGGCCGGGAAAGCGAUUGGGAGCAAAGAAGAGCGGAGGAGAGUACGUGAUUCCGGGCAACAUCAUCUUCCGCCAGCGUGGCACGCACUGGUUCCCUGGAGAGAACUGCAAGUUCGGUCGCGAUCACUGCGUCUUUGCCACCGAAUCUGGAUAUGUUCGAUACUAUAAGGACCCUCUCAAGCACCCCAAGCGCCAGUACAUUGGUGUGGCUCUCGAGAAGGACCAUCAGCUACCGUACCCACGGAAUGCUCCGCGCGCGAGACGACUGGGUUUCGUUGCGGUGCCAGUCACGCAAACAGAAGCAGAGGCACAGGUCGUGAUCAACGACUUGCAGGUCGGAGAGGGUUCUGGCAGCGACAGCAUCAAGAAGGACACAACACGACCAGGGAGAGUCGUGAAGAAAGCCAACAAGGGUUACGCUUUCCGUGAAGCUAACUGGGAAAUUGGUCGCGUAGCAGAGAAGGCGAAUGUACAGGUUAAGAAGUUCGUACCUGGUGAUCGAUGGGCAGCGUGGCGCAAGUCGAAGGCCAGAAUAAAGGCCGAUGAGGAGAGGAAGAAGCUGAGAAAUGCUGGAAAGAAGCAAGCGAAGCCGAAGAAGAGGCAGCCAAGGGUCUGAGCACAUUGUUUGGGUGUAUAACUAUACGUGUAGGAACAACAGAAGCAUUGUAC